AUGCCAGAAAAUCAGGCCGCUGGCUGGAUAAGUCUUCCUCCUUGUAAGAGAAAGAAACUCUUUCUUUCUUUGGCAGCAAUCUUGGCCAUUCUCUGCAAAGGAAUCAGAAGUCAAGGGGCAUUGACGUAUACAAUCACCGUGGAACCUUCUGUCACUGUACAGCGUGGUCUUGCUGUUCAUAUUCCAUGCCAGUUCACUUAUAACCAGGCAGACCUGUGGCGGUCUGAGAAGAUAUUUGCUUAUUGGAUUAAGCAUCAAUCUUCAUUCUGUUUUCCAUCGGAUGAUAGAGCCUGCAGGCCUGUCGCUACCAACAAGCAAUAUGAGAGUGUCGAACUUUCGGCUAAGAACCGCUUCCAUUUAUUAGGAGAUCCAAAGGAAGGAAAUUGCUCACUUUUCAUCACAGAUGCUCGCAUAGAAGAUGAAGGGGAAUACUUCUUGAGAAUUGAGGGGCGACCUAACUUAAAAUAUUCUUUCGUCAUAAAAACACUUAAUGUUAAAGUGAUAGAACCAAUCCAGACAGUCACUAUCAUCAGAGUGAACAACAGAGGCUCUGGCUCCCCAUCUUCGCCACUCAACCCUGUGAUAACCAAGGAAGGAAACACUGUCACCCUGAUUUGUACUGCUGAUGGUACACCACCUCCCACUCUAUCCUGGAUGAAGGAGAACCAGCAAAUUGAUAGUCCCACACAGCAGAGGCUUCAGCUGCGUGAAAUUGGACCAAAGGAUGCUGGGAAAUAUCAGUGCUUGGCAAACAAUCUGUAUGGGUCUCUCAAGACAACGGUUGAAGUGAUCGUCCAGUAUCGUCCAAGAAUGCCGGUUUUCAACACCACCCAAACUCACAGGAGAGGCUCCAUACUCUCUCAAGGUUGCUUCAAGGAGCUGCCCAGUGGCUCUGAGUUGACAGCCCAAGAAGGUGACUCAUUGGAGCUGUUCUGCCAAGCAGAUAGCAACCCUCCAGCCACAACUAGUUGGGAGAAAAGAAACGGUCACUUGCAGAAGCCUCUAGAUAACCAAUUGAGACUGACCAACCUGACUGUUGAAGAUGAGGGUGUCUAUGUGUGCACUGCUACAAACGUGCUCGGCAUGGGCCAGGGGUUCUUCCGGCUCUCUGUGACCUGUGAGUGA